AUGGCUCAACCGUUUUACGGCGACGACAUUAAAGAGGGGGCGAUAUAUCUCAGCAAUGUGGAGAUUGAACCAGAACAAGGGCUUCUGAGCGAUGAUGAUGAUGGAUUCGAGAACAAUGUCUUUGUGCAAAGCACGCCCACGCCUCAGCGCUGCUGUAAACAAAGAGCUCGUCUCCGCACGGCCAAGAGAGUCGUGACGAUUAGCUGCAUGGGUCUCCUUCUUUGGACCCUUUUACGAGGGCUCUAUGGUAUACCAGCUGAACCCACCGAGCCAUCGUCACCUCACUCGCAGUCCCCCCCAGCCAUCUGCCAGACACCAGAAUGCAUUCACGCUGCCUCAGAAAUACUCUACAACCUGGAUCCUAACCAUGAAAAAAUUGAUCCUUGCACUAACUUUGACCAAUUUGUUUGCGGUGGAUGGCGGGAGCGCCAUGACAUGCGAGCUGACCAGGGCUCGAUCUUCGCUGGAACCAUUAUGGCAGAGAACUCUCAGACCCGUCUGCGCCAUAUACUCGAGCGCCCAGAGGCCCCGGAUAAGAUUGAUGCAGACAAUUUCAAGAAGCUCAAGGCUGGAUAUGAUGCUUGCUUGGACGAGUCCGCGAUUCGAAAGCGUGGCACCAAGCCUCUAGCAGAUCUUCUAGCGGAGCUACAAAAUAUCUACCCUGCGCAGAGUGGGCUUGUCACUGGAACCAAUGAUCAUCUGACCAAAGCGCUCUUGUUUCUCAUGAAGUCAGGUGUCGAGGCUUUGGUCUCCUCCAAUGUUUCCCCUGAUGAUCGGGACCCUGAUAAUGUGGUGAUCUUUGCGUUCCCACCUCGAGAGAUUGGACUCCCUGCACGAGAGUACUAUAACAAUAGCAAAACAGUGGCCGACUACACUCAGGUCUUGAAAAAAGUUCUCGGAGGAUUCGGAGGGAAUGACAAGAUCGCCGAGAAUAUAGUUGCCUUCGAGACAAAGCUCGCGGAUGUGACUCCGGAUACCGCGACUCAGGAGGACGUUACCAAGUACUAUAACCCGCUCAGUAUCAAGGAAACCGAAUCCUUGGUUCCUGAGAUCUCCUUCACAGAUGUCAUUGCGGAGCUUGCGCCACAUGAUUACAAGAGCGACCGCCUGAUUGUGGGAUCUCCAUCCUAUAUGAAGGCCCUGUCCAAGAUUCUGAAUGAUGCUUCCCGUGAGACGGUGUCGUUCUUCUUGCAGUGGAAGGUUGUCCAGGCCUACUCCAGCAUCAUUGAAGAUGAGACGAUUACACCUCUCCGUCAAUUCAACAACAAGCUUCAAGGCAAGGAUCCGCAAGCGACCGAAGAGAGAUGGCGCAAGUGCCUCAGACGUCUGGACGAAGGUCUUGGAUGGAGCUUGAGUCGGUUCUACAUUCUUGACUCAUUCUCAGAAGAGUCCAAGAAACUGGGCGACCAAAUCGUGUCUGAUAUCAAGGAGCGAUUCGUUUUCACUCUGACUCAGACUCCUUGGAUGUCACCCGACGUGCGGAAGCUGGGUAUCAAGAAAGUGGAGAACAUUGUGCAAAAGAUUGGCUUCCCAACCAAUAGUCCCAACGUGAUGGAUGCGCACGAUGUGAAUAAGUACUACCAUUAUCUGGAUGUGUCCAACGACAAGUUCUUUGAGAACGAACUUGCUGUGGCCAAGUUUGAUCUUCAGAACGAGUGGUCUAAACUGGGGAAGCCGACCAACCGAGAUGAGUGGGAUAUGACUGCGCCCACUGUAAACGCCUACUACAAUCCUCCAGGGAACGAAAUUGUUUUCCCUGCAGGUAUCAUGCAGCCGCCGGCAUUCUACGGCCCUGCUGCCCCGUUGUACCUGGCCUACGGUGCCUUUGGUGCCGUCAGUGGCCAUGAACUCUCGCAUGCAUUCGAUUCCACCGGUCGGCACUACGACGAGACUGGAAACUACACGAAUUGGUGGGAUGACGACACCGUCAAGGCCUUUGAGGAGCGAGCCCAGUGUUUCGUGGACCAAUAUUCGGCAUUCACUGUGGAAGGGCCUGGCGAUAAGGUUCUUCAUGUCAACGGCCGGUUGACCCUGGGCGAGAACAUCGCCGACGCGGGUGGCCUUAAAGCCUCAUUCCAUGCAUGGAAGAAGCAUGAUGACAAGUCUCCCAAUCUACACUUGCCAGGAUUGGAGGCCUUCAGCAAAGAGCAGCUGUUCUUCAUCUCGUAUGGAAACUGGUGGUGUGGCAAGACCACCAGGGAGGCUGCCGAGCAGGCGAUUUAUAACGACCCGCAUGCGCCAAAAUCGGCGCGGAUCAUUGAAACCAUGGCGAACUCUCGAGAGUUCAAGGAUGCAUUCAGCUGCCCCGAGAAGAAGCCCGUCUGCAAGCUUUGGUAG